CUCGGUGUACAGAUUCAGCGUGCUCGUUUCAAAUCUGUAGUACAGGCAAGGACGAGCACGAGAAGCGGUACCGUCGAGAAACUUCAAUCUGCAAAUCAAUAUUGAUGGAGUGGCAGCCGGAUGAACAGGGACUCCAGCAAGUCCUUCAGCUCCUCAAGGACUCCCAGUCUCCCAACACAGCCACACAGAGGGCCGUGCAACAAAAACUUGAACAGCUUAACCAGUUCCCUGACUUCAACAACUAUCUCAUCUUUGUUCUUACAAGACUGAAAACUGAAGAUGAGCCAACUCGCUCUCUAAGUGGUUUGAUCCUGAAAAACAAUGUGAAAGCCCACUACCAGAACUUCCCCGCGGCCGUGGCUGACUUCAUCAAGCAGGAAUGCCUCAACAAUAUUGGCGAUCCAUCGCCCCUCAUCCGUGCUACUAUUGGCAUCCUGAUCACCACAAUCAGCUCCAAAGGGGAGCUGCAGACGUGGCCAGAGCUGCUGCCUCAGCUCUGUAACCUGCUCAACUCUGAGGACUAUAACACCUGUGAGGGCUCGUUUGGUGCCCUACAGAAGAUCUGCGAGGACUCGUCUGAGCUGUUGGACAGUGACGCACUCAACCGCCCGCUUAACAUCAUGAUCCCCAAGUUCCUGCAGUUCUUCAAGCACUGCAGCCCCAAGAUCAGGUCUCAUGCCAUUGCCUGUGUAAAUCAGUUCAUCAUUGGCAGAGCCCAGGCCCUGAUGGAUAAUAUUGACACCUUCAUAGAGAGCCUGUUUGCGCUGGCUGCAGACGAGGAUUCCGAGGUGAGGAAGAACGUGUGCCGGGCUCUUGUCAUGCUCCUGGAGGUCCGCAUUGACCGGCUCAUCCCUCACAUGCAUAGCAUCAUACAGUACAUGCUGCAGCGCACUCAGGACCCUGAUGAGAAUGUGUCUCUGGAGGCCUGUGAGUUCUGGCUCACCCUGGCUGAGCAGCCCAUCUGCAAGGAGGUGCUCUCUGGACACCUGGUGCAGCUUAUUCCCAUCCUGGUGAAUGGUAUGAAGUACUCCGAGAUUGACAUCAUUCUGCUAAAAGGCGAUGUGGAGGAAGAUGAAGCUGUGCCGGACAGUGAACAGGACAUCAAGCCUCGCUUCCACAAGUCACGCACAGUCACCCUUCAGCAUGAGGGAGGUGAAGGGGAGGAAGGAGAGGACAUUGAUGAAGACGACGAUGAUGAUGACGAUACGUUAUCUGACUGGAACCUGCGUAAGUGUUCGGCAGCGGCGCUGGAUGUGCUGGCUAAUGUCUUUCGGGAUGAGCUGCUGCCCCACUUGCUGCCCCUUCUCAAAGGCCUUCUCUUCCAUCCUGACUGGGUGAUCAAGGAGUCUGGCAUCCUGGUGCUGGGGGCCAUUGCUGAGGGCUGUAUGCAGGGCAUGGUACCCUACCUCCCGGAGCUCAUCCCACACCUCAUCCAGUGUCUGUGUGACAAGAAAGCACUGGUGCGCUCUAUUGCCUGCUGGACCUUGUCACGCUAUGCUCACUGGGUGGUCAGCCAGCCCCCCGAUUCCCACCUUAAACCCCUCAUGACGGAGCUGCUCAAGCGGAUCCUGGAUGGCAACAAGAGGGUACAGGAGGCUGCGUGCAGUGCAUUUGCCACCCUAGAGGAAGAAGCUUGCACUGAGCUGGUGCCCUACCUCAGCUUUAUCCUGGACACACUGGUGUUCGCCUUUGGCAAGUACCAGCACAAGAACUUGCUCAUUCUCUACGACGCCAUUGGAACGCUCGCUGAUUCUGUAGGACAUCAUCUGAACCAGCCGGAGUACAUUCAGAAGUUGAUGCCUCCCCUUAUUGCUAAAUGGAAUGAGCUAAAGGAUGAGGACAAGGACCUCUUCCCACUCCUUGAGUGUCUGUCGUCGGUGGCCACAGCCCUGCAGAGUGGCUUCCUGCCCUACUGUGAGCCGGUCUACCAGCGCUGUGUCACCCUGGUCCAGAAGACCCUUGCUCAGGCUAUGAUGUACAACCAGCACCCAGACCAGUACGAGGCCCCAGACAAGGACUUUAUGAUCGUGGCCCUUGACCUGCUCAGUGGCCUGGCCGAGGGCCUGGGGGGCAGCGUGGAACAGCUGGUGGCCCGGAGCAACAUUAUGACCCUGCUAUUCCAGUGCAUGCAGGACCCGAUGCCAGAAGUGAGGCAGAGCUCCUUUGCUCUGCUGGGAGACUUGACCAAGGCCUGCUUCCCACAUGUCAAACCCUGUAUCGCUGAGUUCAUGCCGAUCCUGGGCCUGAACCUGAACCCAGAGUUCAUCUCUGUGUGUAACAAUGCCACCUGGGCCAUUGGAGAGAUUGCCAUGCAAAUGGGCAGAACUGACAAGAAGGAGGAAGGAGAUUGCUCAGGAUCUGACAUGCAGCCUUAUGUAGGACUGGUCCUCAACAACCUGGUGGAGAUCAUUAACAGACCCAACACACCCAAGACCCUCCUGGAGAACACAGCCAUUACGAUCGGCAGGCUUGGGUACGUGUGUCCACAGGAGGUGGCUCCCAUGCUGCAGCAGUUUAUCAGGCCCUGGUGCACAUCGCUGAGAAACAUCCGGGACAACGAGGAGAAGGACUCGGCAUUCCGUGGAAUCUGCAUGAUGAUUGGAGUCAACCCUGGUGGAGUGGUUCAGGACUUCAUCUUCUUUUGUGAUGCGGUGGCCUCCUGGGUUAGUCCUAAGGAUGAUCUGAGAGACAUGUUCUACAAGAUCCUCCAUGGCUUCAAGGACCAGGUGGGUGAGGAAAACUGGCAGCAGUUCUCAGAACAGUUCCCCCCUUUGCUGAAGGAAAGGCUGUCGGCCUGCUAUGGCGUGUAGCCCCCCCUCACCGACACAGGACAUGCCUGUCAGGUUUAAUCUUCGGGAGGGUUACUGGGAAACUCAUCCAUCUGUGUUAUUGCACUGCCCUUAUCGUGGGGGGGAGAGGAGAGCGACUGCGAUUGGCCUGGCCGUGGCUCCUGUCCAAUCAGACUACAAGCCUCGCAACCCUGUGUGUCUGUGGGUGGGUGGGAGGGUUUCUGGGAGGGAAAACUGGGGAGAAAAACUCUGGAUUUCAAAUGCCAAACUUCAAUCCAACGACACAGUCUCAACCGAAACCACAGGGAUCCUGUAGGAGGGGGAGGGGGGGGAGGAAAAGUAUAGGCAGUGGCCGGUUACGAACGGCCUCCGAUCCGUUCCAAUAACUCUUUAAAUGGAGAAGACCUGUGUUGGGAGGGGUGGCAGCAGCUGCAGAAAAUUGAGUAAAGGAGAAAUCUCGAAACUAGCCCAGGAGCCACAGUUUAUAAACACAUAAUAGGUAGACUGGAACACUUAAGACUUAGUUCAGGCAGGGAUGGUAGUUCGCCUUGCACAAUGUCCAAUCAGUGCAGACGCACAUUUGCAUACAUUCUACAAUAGGCAUUUGAUAAUCUAUACGAAGGCUGUAGACGGGAUAGAGAUGAAGUGCUAACGUUUUAUAAUAGCCGCCCCCGGUGCUAGCCUCAGCGGUGAAGGCAUUAUGCUUUUCAUCGUAAUAACGGGGGGAGUUCUAGAAGACUAAUUGCACCUUUACUACACAAACGUUCAUCAACAGUACAGUAUCAUACUGCUUCAUAUUUGGUCUUAACUUCAUAAAAUCUGUAUAUUCAACCGAUCUUCCACUUCCCUUGGUUGCUGAUUUAUUUUUUUUGUUUCAUUUUAUUUUCACCCUCUAAAAAAGACUACUUUAAAUGUAGUCACUUAUUUCCUUUCCCAUCCUUACCUCAACAGACAAGAUCCUUCCAGGAAUUAUUUACCUUAGUGCUGAAACGUCAUAUUUUCCUUUUUACUACUAGUUCAGAUAAGGGAAUUAUUGGUUUGCAUGGAAAUGAAUCACCUCUUGUCAUUGGGUGUGUGUGUCAUUGGGUGUGAGAAGUUGUUUUUUACAUUAAAAUACCCUGGUAGUAGGCUUAUCGUUCUAUGGUAACAAAACAUUGUACGUACCUUCUGUUGUUACCAGACUCCCUCGUCACUCAAUCUAACAAAUAGAGGACAGGUGAAUUUUAGUGUCAAAAUCCAGUAAUGACAACAUAAUUCAGAGGUGCAAGGUUGAAUUGAUCUCAUAGAAGAAUUAGUCACUGCAACCCAUUAUACUGUAGUAAAGAUAAUAUUCUGUUUUGCUGCUACUGCUUCUUUGGUAUUUAUAGUAUUUACAAUAGACUCAUUCAAAACAGCCAUACGGCGUCCCUAAGAACUUUAUGAAAAUUGAGUUGUUCGUUCUUAUUGAUAUUAUGCACUUUUUUGUAAACAUUUAGAAUUUCACUUCACUGAUACAGUAAAUAUACCAAUCUUAUGGUAUAGGCUUUGUCAAAGGUUUUUAGGACUUUUAUGGGUUGCUAAGGUAAAGUAAAACACGAUAUACUGACUAUUGUAUAGCAAAGGUAUGCUGUUAAGUGUUUAGGUAAGACAAAUGCAUCUAUUCACGUUAGGUUAAUAAAACAUCAUCCAAUCAAAUGGAUGGAAUAGAUUUGAAGAACAAGCCCAUAGAUUUAUAGGGGAAGGACUGACAGACAUCAAGUACAUUAGGCCUACAUCCCACCAAUAUUUCCAGUGAGUCCUGAUAGACUCUUCUAGCCCAUUCUAUGAACUGUCAAAAAUAAUGCAAGUAUGUAGUGGGGUCCUCGUUGAUGACUAAAGAAAAACCUAGAGAUAAUCUGAAUUGGUCUCCAUGUUUUCUCUCUCCUGGCCUCUUCCUCAAAAUCCAUUGAAACAAAUGAUGGGGGUGGGUGUCAAGGAAGUGCAGUUAAUUUCAACUGUCCCCUGGUCUUGGCCGUCUAUCUAUCUUGGUUAUGCGUCACGUCCAUGGUCCUGAACAAAUUUAAGCUGCAUGUUUUCUAAAUUGUUAGCGUUUUAAUAGACCGCUCUCACGACAGAGCGAUCCAUGUCCUUCUUGGGGGCAGCCGUUAACAGCUACGCCAGUGGCAACGAAACCACGCAAGCUGUGAUUAAAAUCAGUGGCUGGCAGCUUUAAAGUCAGUCUGGGAGACAUUUUGAAAAUCAGGCUAAAACUGGCGUUAGUUUAGUUAGUGGUCGUGGACAUUUGCUGUUUUCAAAGCCUGUUGAGACCAUGUAGGUUUAUUAUAUUAUACUGAUCUUAAUUAUCUUAAUUUUCCCUGAGUUUAAAUAUGUACUUUAUAAUAUCGGUGAGGCAUUGUCUGGCUCCAUCUUUUUUUUUUCUCAGUGUCUGAAGGUCUGCCAUGUCAAACUAUUUUGUUGAAUGUCUGUUGUGUGUGUGCGCCACUUCGACUGAAAUGUACACCGGCCCUCCACCAAGGUGAUGUUAUGGACAUGUAGCUAACACCUGAGAUAUUGUUGAGACCCUGGGUAUAAUCAACACUUGCUUGUAAUAUUUUACCAUUUCAGUUUCUGAUUGCGGUUCAGAUCUCUUUCCAAGCUUUGCUGGUUUUAUAGCUCGUCAAUAAUGAAACUAUUGAAGUCUUUACCUUAAGCCGCACACUUAAUAGAUGGUCAGAAUGUGAAAACUGCCUUAAGAACUAGGCGCUUCUGUGAAACUAUUAUUUCAAGUACGGUGUAUAUAUUUAUUUUUGUUGAUCCAUGUAACAUGGAUUUUAACACAAACCACUGAUUAGUGGCAGAUUUGACAGUAUUUUAAAUCUAUACAAAUUUUUGUAAACUGCUUCCACCCUUAGAGGGUGACACUUUAAUCAUAUGAUAAAUGGGUAAAAUGAUAGGCAAGUGUUGAUGGAUGGGUAUCUGGUCCACCAUCAAGGUUGCGAGUGGGCUAGGUGUGCACAGAAUCUAAUGAACCAAUGUGAGACUAGUCCUGUCGGGAAGAGGUGAAUUAAAAGUAGUUUUCUUUUUUAUUUUAUUGCGAAGAUAAACCACCUUGAAUCGUAGUAGCAAAACGGGCGAAAAAAGAUUAUUCUCAAAUUAAACUGUUGGGGUAUUUCUUUUACUUUUUGUUAAAAAAUUUUUUGGCUUAUGAGAUGUUUAUUUAAUUCAUUUUUUUUAUUUAUGUUUAUUUUUUUUCAAUGAGAAUUUUUAAGAUUUUGUUUUUGUGCCGAAAACGUGCAAAGUUCUUUUUUAGACUUUAAAAGUUUUUUCCCUGUAAUGUUCUUUUUAUUUAAAGAUUUUUUUUCGUUGUUUUAUAGCGGACUAUUUGAAUUUGUCACAUUUAAUGUAAAGUGAUUGGGCUGAGCUUGGGGCAUAACUGGGGGAAGAAGGGAAGAAUUGUGAAAGCUCCAGUGUAAUUUUGAUUCAAUCUGAAAUCAGUCUUUACGAAUGAAUUUAAUGUAGUACCAGUAUUUUUUUUCUCAACUGUGGUGCAGGUGGGAUGUUAAGUGAUGUAUCACUUUAUUUUACUUUUUUGAAUGGGGAAUUAAAAAGUUUUCUAUCAAGCUGGAAAA